GUUGUUCAAAUAUUUUAUGUAGGUUGUAAAUGUUCCUUUCAUAGAUGGAUCAAUUGCUUUUAUUGUAUAUCCUUCUGUUAGUUUAUUAAUAGAAGAUAUGAAAACUAGUCAUAUGUUUGGAUAGAAAAUUGUUCCUGCUCUUUAAUCUGGACUGGCUAAUUUUAAUGUCAAUUUGGGUGUGAAAAGAUAAAACUGCCCCUCAAUGAGCACGCUUGACGAUCAUUAAGGGUAUAUUUGAGUUUUAUACCGGACUAGGAUUAAAUUAGCCAAUCCGGUGUAUCAUAUUUGAAUUUAAGAUUUGUCUUUUGAAGACCUUGUUUAAUUAAUAAAAGUUCCAGGUGAUUUUUUUUGUGGAAGAGAACAGGAAAUCAGUUCUGCAACAAAGAAUCCGUGGACCGGAAAUCAGAUCAACAAAGAAAAAUCAAGGGCACUAUAUAUAUAGCUUAUCACGUCUAAACCAUCAUUUCUGAAAGGGUUGCAUGCACAUGUGCAUCAGCUGGAGAUGUUCCUUAGGUCCAAUAAUGCAUCUUCCAUUUUCAAAGUCUAAAGGUGAGAGCUUAGAAAGUCUUCAAUGAACAGGAAAGGUGCCAUGCUUAGAAAGUUAGAAUUAACAUAUGCCCCAGUCUUCCACAUAAACACUAACUUUAAUUCUUUGGUCCUUUCAAAUUUUCCAUCAUCCUUUUGGCCUAUGGAGUAUGGAGGACUAGUUGGUUUCACAUUUUUCUGUCACUUGAAAUCAUUUGAUAAUGGACCAUAUAACAGGGAUAUGUUUUUUUUUUUCUAAAAGCUUUCAUCAUCUCAAAAUUUGAACUUGAAUCCUUCAACUUAGAGUCUUAGAACUCCUAACUAGACACUCUUGUGGGGCAUUACCCACCUUUCAUUGUUUAUGACAGAAUAUAUUUUAUCCCCAUAAUGUCUUUCUUUGCAAAAAUGAGAUAUCUCCAAUUUAUGCUUAGAUUUCUCAAACUUGUGUAAAGCAAGACUUGAGCAUGAAACCGGAAAAUAUCAAGUCUUCUAUAUUACCACUAAUCCAAAUAUCAAUGGCAAUUGCCAUGAUAGUUUAGGAUUGUCUACAUGCACAGACUGAAAACAAAUAUGGAAGGUGGAAUGCUGGGAAAGAAGAUGGACAUGAUGAGGAGACAAUAUUUUUUUAUACAAUUUUUUUACACAAUCUUAUGUUUUUCAUGUGAUUUAAUAAGUGGUUCUUUUUUAU